GGAGGGGGCGUGGAGGUGUGUGUGUGUGUGUGUGUGUGUGGAGGGGGGGUAUUCUAGUAAGUGAAGACAUAGCUCCCCUUCGCCAGUUUGUAGUAGCCUAUAUCCCACUUCAAGCAGAAUGAAUACUUUAUAAUCCACAGCCGGUUUAGCGACACCAGAAGAGCUUGCUCGCGUUUUGCAUUAGGCGACAUAUGUAAUUGCUCCAGUCGAGAAAAGAGGUUACCUCAGUUUUUUUAUUUUCUAUACAAAUGUAUUACUAUUAUUAUUUUAGAAAAACCUGACGCUUCAUCGCAAGAGACUUCCUUAGUGAGGCUGAGCCGCUCCUGUUCCCCGGAUUGCUGGGAUUUUGGUAAAUUUGUAUUUUCGGGCCAUUUCCCCGAGCCGCCGCGCUCAGUGAUGCUUCAAGCUGCCGCUUACGGACACGCAUUUCUCUUAGUCACUAUCUGCCCUGUUAUUCUUGCUAUACGUUGUUGCUGCCAGAAGAAAGUGGAGUGAAAACAUUGUAUUGAAACACACUAGAAAGGAUACUAGAAAAGGACUAAGAACUUGAAUACAAGGGUAUAGACUGGAAAACAAACUAAGGCUCAGACGAAAGGGUUUAAGGACGUGCAAACAGGAUUUCAUAGUCUCCUGAUUGGAUGUGAGACCACUUUGAACACAGACAAUGAAGAUGAUGUUGCUAUGGAAACUACUGGUGCUGCAGCCACUCAUGGGGUACCUUGUUGAGAGCAGCCUCCUGCGAGGACCAUCCUUCACCAAGCAGCCGGGCAGCAUCGUAUUCCCCUUACGCUCCAUGGAGUCCAGCCAAGAGGUGGUCUUCAGCUGUGAAGCCCAGGGUAGUCCACCUCCCACCUACAGAUGGAAGCUGAAUGGCAGCAGCGUUGUCCCCACAGCAGGAUCCCGCUACAGCUUCUAUAGCGGCAACCUGAAAAUCAGCAACCUGCUUAAAGAGGAGGAUGUGGGAACAUACCAGUGUCUAGCUGCCAACUCCUUUGGGACCAUCGUUAGCAGAGAAGCUAAGCUGUCCAUUGCCUACUUGGAAAACUUCAAGACGCAGAGGCGGAGCUCAGUGUUGGUGCGCGAGGGACAGGGGGUGGUGCUGCUCUGUGGCCCCCCGGCGCAUUCGGGAGAGCUGGCCUUCUCCUGGAUCUUUAAUGAAUACCCAUCGUUUGUGAGACAAGACAGCCGGCGAUUCGUCUCCCAGGACACAGGGAAUCUGUACAUUGCUAAGGUGGAGCGUUCAGAUGUGGGCAACUACACAUGCGUAGUGACCAACACAGUGACGAAGACGAGCGUACAGGGCCCUCCGACACCUUUGGUCUUGCGAGUUGAUGGUGUCAUGGGGGAGUAUGAGCCAAAGAUUGAGGUUCAGUUUCCAGAGAUUAUCCCAGCGGCCAAAGGUUCGACGGUCAAACUGGAGUGUUUCGCCUUGGGAAACCCGGUGCCCACGAUUAGCUGGAGACGCGUCGACGGGAUUCCGUUUCCCCGGAAGGUGGAUGUGUCCAAGGCCAGUGGUAUACUGGAGAUCCCAUACUUCCAACAGGAGGAUGCCGGCACAUAUGAGUGCAUGGCGGAGAACUCCAGGGGGAAGAACGGUGUGCGGGGAAAGCUGGCCUUCUACGCCUCCCCUCACCUGGUGGAGAAGCCAGCGGACAUGCAGAAACCCAUCGGCGAUGUUCUGGUGUGGGAAUGCAAGGCCACCGGGAAACCUAAGCCGUCGUACACCUGGCUGAAGAAUGGAGAACCGUUAGAACCUCUGGAGGACAGAGUGCAGGUUGUUAAUGGCGUGCUCACCAUCAGCAGCUUGACCUUGUCGGACGCGGGAAUGUACCAGUGCGUGGCGGGGAACAAGCAUGGAGAGCUGUACACCAACGCCGAGCUUCGGGUGAUCGCCAUUGCCCCGGACUUCUCCCAGAACCCACUGGCAAGCGUCACUCUCGGGCGGGAGGGGGGGCACGUGGAAAUUGAAUGUCGUCCCCGGAUGUCACCACGUGGGGUGAUUUCCUGGCAGAAGGGCAAGGAGGCAUUGCGUGAGAGUCACAGAGUGUCUGUGCUGGAGAGCGGCAGUCUGUGGAUCUCCAACGUGACCAAGUCAGAUGCAGGCUUGUACACAUGUGUUGCCAGGAACCAGUUUGGAGUGGCAAGCCGUGCUGGAACCCUGCUGGUUAAAGAGCCAACAGUCAUCCUGACACCUCCAGCAAACCUGGACGUCACAGUGGGCGAGAGCGUCGUGCUGCCUUGUCAGGUGUCCCACGAUGCCACCCUGGACCUGAAGUUCUCCUGGUUCUUCGGCCAGCAGCCUCUGCAUUUCAGCUCCCACGGCGGCUACUUUGAGAAAGUGGGCGGCCAGCACUCAGCAGGUGACAUCAUGAUCAGGAACAUUCAGCUGAGGCAUGCUGGGAAAUACAGUUGCGUAGUGCAGACUGAAGUGGACAGCGUCUCCAUUUCAACCAGCGUGGAAGUCAGAGGUCCCCCCGGCCCCCCUGUUGACCUCACUGUGGAGGAUAUUGGUGACACUACGGUGGCUCUCUCCUGGAGACCUGGUCUGGACAACCAGAGUCCCAUCACUACCUACACGGUCCAGGCCAGGAGCCCCUUCUCCCUUGGCUGGCAGGCCGUUACCACAGUUCCCGAGGAGCUGGGGGGGCAACAACUGAUGACCACGGUGACAGACCUGAACCCAUGGGUGGAGUAUGAGUUCCGUGUCCUGGCAACCAAUGCCGUGGGCACCGGGGAGCCCAGCAAGCCUUCAAAACAAGCGCGCACCAAAGACGCAUUGCCUAAGGUCACACCUGCCAAUGUAAGUGGAGGGGGGGGAAGUCGCUCGGAGCUGGUCAUCACCUGGGAGCCUGUCCCGGAGGAGCUACAGGCAGGACCUGGAUUCGGCUAUGUCGUGGCAUUCCGCCCAAACGGUGCCACCGGAUGGAUGCAGGCAGCCGUCCCCUCAGCGGACACCUCCCGUUACACCUUCAAGAAUGAGAGCGUCUUACCAUUCACGCCGUACCAAGUGAAAGUGGGCGUUUACAACAACAAGGGGGAGGGGCCUUUUGGGUCUGUGACCACCAUCUACUCCGCAGAAGAAGAGCCCAACCGAGCUCCCUCCAGGAUUCGGGCCAAGAGCCUUUCUGCGUCCAAGAUCGAGGUCACAUGGAAGCCCUUGUCAUUGCAGACUAGAAGGAGAGUCCUAGGAUAUGAGUUGAGGUACUGGGGGAAGACGGAGAGAGAGGAAACGGCCAGUGUGAUGAGGACCAUGGGAAACAGGACAUCAGCAGUGCUGAGUGGGCUGCAGGCGAGCAGCACCUACUCCGUCGCCGUCAGAGCGUACAACACAGCAGGCCUUGGGCCUGGUAGCUCAGUGGUCAAUAUUACCACCAAGAAACCUCCACCAAGUCAGCCCCCUAUGAAAGUCAUAUGGAAGAUGUCGAAUUCAAAGAUCAUCCUGAAAUGGGACCAGGUGAAAGCGCUGGAGAAUGAAUCAGAAGUGACUAGUUACAGAGUCAGGUACAAGCAGAGCAGACACAGCUGGACCAGCAUGGUGGAGACCAACACUACCUCACUUGAGCUGGCGCUGCCCAUCGACGAAGAGUACGUCAUUCAGAUAGCGCCCGUUAGUGCCGGGGGCGAGGGAAACACCAGCAAGGAGAUCACCAUCCCCAGCAUAUCAGGUCCAUAUGCUAUAAGCUCAACGUCCAAGAUAUCCAAAUGGUCGGCGCUGAGCACAAUAGCUCUGUCCGUUACAGCCAGGACGACAUUAUGACAAACAGCUCCGUGAAGUUUUUGCAUUCAGUGAAGGCAAUGCUUCAGGGGCUGAGGCUUAGGCAGCACGUACCAGGGGUCACAGACGGCUUCACUACCGGCCAGUGCUUCAAGACCAACUCAAGGUGGUCCCCAAAAUGGGGGGAAUCUGCAAGUCUUUUUCCAUGAUUAGAGGGAAAAUGCAGGCUUGAGUCUGUUGUUCCUGCUGUUGACUUCACCAGACAGAAAAAAAACAAAAGAAGAAGGAGGUUUUACAUGCGCUCAUUGAAUGACUGCCCUGUAGAUUUUGUAUUUGCCAGUAGGUGCAACUGGCAGCUUCUUUCCAGUAUGGAAAUGAGGGUUCUGGAAUUAAAUGUCUAAUCCAAGAAGAUCUUUCUUUGGGAAGGAAGACGAUAAGAUGAUAUUUUUUUUUAACAUGAAAUCCUGUUUUGCAUCUCGCUUCAUAUCCUUUUUCACAUCUUUUUUUGAAAAUAACAUGAUUUUGACGUUGCUUUAGUGCCGCAAGAAUGAAAAACAGCCAUGGUUGUAUGAGUCACCUGCCUGUUGCUCUCACAAGAGGUCACACAUAGAUUUUACGUGAAGCUCCAAAUCCUGAUUUCUGUGGCUCGCACCUACAGGAGGGCUGCAUCACCCUCAGCCCUGCAGAGACCCAGCCUGCCCCCGGCCACUCCCUCCUGUCCCAUGUGUUCUGCUGUAACCUUGUUUUGUCCACUCAUGCCUAUUGCUGGGUUCCACAGCCUCAAACAGCUCAUUGGACCCUGGAAGGUUCCCCCAGCCCUCCUGCCAAUAGGAAAACAAUGGCUUCCCUCCAUUUGUGCUGGUCGAGGGCCCCCAUGUUGCCACCCUUCGCCAUGUUGCCACCCUUCGCUUCCUCUUUUCUGUCCUGUGGAGGGCUAGCGCAUAAGCCACCAAAUUUCCUAGGUUUUAAAUCCUCAGGGCUUCAAAGAGCCUUAAGUAUAUUUAGAGUUAUACUGCUAAUAGUAAUAUGUUAGUGUGUGUGUGCGUAUGUAUGUGUGCAGGUAUGUAUAUUUGCAAAUACAUACAUAAGUGCAUACAUAUUUUGCUGUUCUUUUCCACUUUUUAAAUUAGCAUCUGAAGAUAUGUGGCAGGUCUUGCAGUUCGUGUAAUUAAAUAUAGCUCAUCUCAUAUCUGCAGAGGUGUCAGUUAACAGCAGUGACUGUAUAGCAUGGAAAAUUGCAUUCUGUGAGGCUUGGAACAUUCGAUUGGGUCUUGACUGCAUUUACCUAAUAAGAAUCUGAUUCCCCUCCCCUUUCUUUUUCCCGUGUGGAGCAGGUGCAGCACAAUGCGAAAUGUGGUACUUUGUCUGGUCAUAGAGCCCACGGGGUCUUGGAUGUGUUAAAUGCACUUUUUGUAUUUCUCAGAUUCUGGAUAUAUAAAGAUAUUUCUAUUAAAAUCCAAACCUUUUUUAAUGUCUGUUUUCUGUUUCCUUGGGAUGUUAUUGCUUGGGCUUUUCCUGUUGGCUGGUAGAGCUGUCUAUCAGUCUCUCCGUAAAGCUGAUCGAAUCGACGGCAUAAGUCUUGCAUAGGUGUGGACCCUACGCCGUAGUCUGACAUGCACCUCCCCAGGAAUCUAAUUACACGUCGCAGCGACGCAGACCGCAAGGACUGAUUGGGCUGUUUGGUACAUUUGUUUUUUUAAAUAGGAGCGAAGAAACGGAC